AUGAAAACCCUGUUCCUACUCUGCCUUGUUGUUGCUUUGGCACUCUGCGAAACCCCUCCAUUCUUAGCCGGUGCUUCCAAAGAAGCUGUAGCCGAAUGGGAAACAUUGGCAGCAGGAUUUGCUGAUUUAUCUGAAAACGAAAUUGUUACCAAAGUCAACGCAUAUGUUGCUAAACACGGAGAAAUCAAGGAUGCUUUUGAGAAGUUCAAGGCCCAAGUCAUCGCAGAUCAAAGUAAAGCAGAAGAAGAGCACAAAGUUGCUAUAGCGAAACUGUCCAAAGAAGCACAAGAAGCUGACAAGAAACUUCUGGCAAUUAGCAGUGACAAGAGUCUGAAACAGAAGGAAAAGGAUGUUAAAAUUCAAGAAAUCUUUUCCUCUUUACCAAAAGCUGUUGUGGACGAACUGGACAAGGCAAAUGCUUAA